CCACCAUCACCCCUCUGCCCUUCCCGCAGCGCUCCGACCCACGCCUGCUCUCCCAGUUCUUCUUUGCCGACGAGAGGGUGACACGGGUGGUGGCCGAGAUCAACGGGCUGGAUGCCGAACUGGAUCCGCAGCAGUACCUGGUGCUCCUCAACCAGCUCCACCUCAGCCAGGCUCACCUGCUGGCCGUCCUGGAGCGGAUCAUGGAGGAAUGCAUCCCCACGCAGCGGCACAGCCGUGACUACCUGGUCAAGUUCCCCGAGGAGCUCUUGGUGGACAACUUGGGAAACCACAUGCUGUUUGCUGCCGAGUGUCUCCUGGCUGGGACCUUCCUGGAGAUGGAAGAAUCAGAUGGGGCACAGCUGCGGCCCCAGGCCAGGAAUCUGCUGUGCAGCCUGGAGCUGGUCCGGACAGUGCUGAGGGAGCAAAGCCUGAGCCAACCCAGCUCCUACCCAGAGCCUGUCCGGGCUGUGCUCAUCCAAUUUGACCGGCUAUUUGCAGAGUUUGAGCUGAGCUACGUGUCCUCGCUGGUGGCAGUGAAGUCUCCUGAUGAGAUCUACAGGCAGCAGGAGAUCAUCGUGCUCUUCUGUGAGACAGUGGAGAGAGCCCUGCACCUGGGCUACCUGACCCAGGAGAUGAUUGAUGGCUAUGAACCACUGCUGAUGUUCACCAUCCCUCGCCUGGCCAUUAUCAGCGGUCUCCUCAUCUACCCCGAGGGUCCCCUCAGCCUGGAGCGGAGCCCUGAGGAGAUGUCCCGGGUCUUCAGCCCCUUCUACAACCUCCUGAAGAAGAUCAGGGACCUGUUGCGGGUGCUGUCAGCAGAGGAGCUCUGCCUGCUGGAGAGGAGCCUGUGCACAGCCGAGCAGGAGGAUCCCUGCAGUCCAGACACCUCCCCAGCUUGGGGUGCAGCUGUGCCCAGCGUGGACUCCCCUGCUCCAUUCAGUCUUCUGGAGGUCCCUAAUGCCACCCAACCACCUCCCACCUGCACGACGCGACUGGGACCCCCCAGUGCAGUGGAUGACCUGAGCACCGAUUGGCAGCGGGGCUGUGCGGUGGGCAGGGAACAGGGCCAGGAUGGCAAAUCCCUAUCCAGUGGGACAGGGAUAUCUCAUACCAUCCCUGGUGUAAUGGUCACCUCCCCUCUGCACAGCCCCCAGCCCCUUGGGAGCGGCCCAGGGAUGGGGGUCAAUGCCACCCCAGGUGCCCGCUGCUUGGAGCUGCGCUCCCGCUACAGCAGCACCAAGGACAUGCUGCACACCCUCUUCGUCUGCAUCUCGGGGGUGGCUGAUCAGCUCCAGACCAACUUUGCCAGUGACAUGAGAAGCAUCUUGAAAACAGUCUUCAAGAUUGUGUGCUCAAAGGCGGAGCCCUCAGAUGAGCAGAGUGACAGCAAAGAGAAAGAUGGUGACUCCUGUGUGACACGUGCUCCUGGUGUGGCUGACUGCCCACUGUGCUCCAGCCCUGCAGAGGCUGCCGGGCUCCGGAGGGCAGCAGGUGCCCGCCACCUGCCCGAGUGGGUGCCGGACAGCACGUGCAGCCAGUGCUCUGCCUGCCGCUCGCCCUUCACCCUGCUACGCCGCCGGCACCACUGCCGCAGCUGUGGGAAGAUCUUCUGUGCCCGCUGCUCACCGAACACUGCAGUGCUGCCCCACUAUGGCCAGACCAAACCCGUACGUGUGUGCACCCACUGCUACACCACGCACCUUCCUCCCGCAUCCCGCUGUGCCCGGAGCCAGUGAGAGCCCCUCUGCCAGAUCUGCACCACAGCAGGAUGGGUGCCCAGGGCCGCUCCGGGGCUGCUGGGCAGCAACUCGGCCCCAUGACUAUCCUCAGAGCUUGGUGGGCAUGGCGGCAGGACCCCCCCCCCACAUGGUGUUAGGCUUUCCCCCGAUGCACAGGGGCAGGACCCCACAGACGGUGGCAGACUAUAUGGAGUGAUGGCAGGACCGCCUCUCCUGGUGCACCGUGGCCUGCUCUGCUUUCGGUGAGCCGCCUGCUGCUGCCGUGCACCUGCCCCCCGGCUGGAAAUAUGCUUCGUGGUGGUUUUUCUUCAGGUGAACUUUGGCUGCUGUUGGGCCCGGGGCAGAGUCUCCCCCCGGGGCUUGGCCUGAGAAGGUGCAAACAGCCCUCACAUGACAGCGGGUGCCCCGGGGCCGCCCGUGCCGUGCCCGGGAGAUGGGGCCCUUCCCCGAUAAGGAAGGUGCUCCCCUUCCUUCCCUAUCGCCUCCACCCGAUGGAUUUUAAUAAAAGAGAAGAACUCGUC